AGUGUUCGUGAUUUGAUUGUUCAGGCGUCUGCCGCACAAUAACGACCUAUAAUCAUACAGAAUAUCAUCUUGUAGCAGUUACUCAAUCGAGCAGUUUUUUCGGAGAUUUGUAUUUCUGAUUGAAUUAUUAGCUUCCAUAAAUUUGCAGCAUGAAUGAUACUGGAGGGCGGAGAUUGUGGAUUGGGAACCUAGAUGACAGAAUAACCGAGUUCACCUUGCUAAAAAUAUUGCAAAAAUAUGGAAAGAUUGAGCAGUUUGAUUUUCUUUUUCACAAAUCUGGACCAAACCAAGGGAAGCCAAGGGGUUACUGUUUUGCAAGCUUUGAAAAUAGAACGGAUGCAGUACAUGCACUCCAUGCAUUGGAUGGUAAACUAGCUCUAGGGAAGAAACUGGCAGUAAAAUGGGCUCAUUCACAUAUAAAGGCUCCAAGUGAACCUGUGCCCCUUUCUAAACCAGAGAUCAAUCUACAUCCUGACAAAAUCCCAAGCAGCUUUGGAGGCCAGUCUACUAAGGUACCGGAGGAGCCAACUGCCAAGAAAAAGCUGGUCAAUCAAAGUGUUGAAUCACAGAUCAGAGCAAUCGAAGGAAAAUUGCGAGAGAUGGACAGAUCAACUUCCAAAUCCACCUUCAAGCCAGUCCCAGUCUAUGCCACAAAGAAAGCUGAAGAACCAAAGGAAAUUAUCCAGAAAUGUUUACCAAGUCUGAUGUCACUUCCUGUUGAAGAUCCUUCGUCUACCUCCACCGACUCACCAACCACAACAAGCUUGCCAUCAUCGGCGUCAGUGUCAGAUUCAAACUCAUCCAAAACUGAACUGGUAAAGCCUUCAUCAGUGCCAUCUUCACAAUCAGAGUCACAAUUGAACUCAUCAUCUAAAACACUGCCCAAGAUUUCUUCGGCCAUAGUUAAAUCCCCUGUGACAUCCACCGGUAAGAGUAAAUCUUCAGGAAGACCAAAGCCUUAUGAUAAAAGGUGACAAACUAAGGUUUGGAUUGACUUUUGAAACCACUGCUACCUGAACUCUUUAUUUAUUAUCUCUUCUGAACACCAAUACCUGCUCACUAUGUCAGACCACCUACAUCUAAGUUGACCUUAAGGAAGUAUAGAUAAUAACUCAAACUUAAUAUUUCUUUCAAAGUAAACCCCAAUUUCUUUUUAUUUAAAAUAACACUUAAUUCUGUAUUUUAAUCCAAAGAAAUUUUGCCAUGCUUAAUAAUAAUUGUGUUUUUUAACUGUGUUUUUAAGGGGUGGAUCUGAGCACCUUGAAAAGCUUUUUUUUCCAAUAACCUUAUAUAGCAAUUAACAGUUCAACUUAAAUUCAGAUGACAUGGGCCCUAAAACACAGUUAUCACUUGCCACAUUUGUUACCACAUACAGUGACAAGUGUGAUAGAGCACUGUCACUCAAAUCAUUAGGCCUGGGAAAAGUUCAUGUAUUUGAAAAAUUCAGUAUUAGACUUAGAAACCUUAUACCAGUGGAGCGCUGUGGCCCAGUGGAUUAGUCUCCAGACUUUGAAACAGGGUUGUGGGUUCAAAUCCCAGCCAUGGCGUAGUUUCCUUCAGCAAGAAAUUUAUCCAUAUUGUGCUGCACUCAACCCAGGUGAGGUGAAUGGGUACCUGGUAGGAAUUUAUUCCUUGAAAUGCCACCACGCUGUUAAAGGCCGCGGGGCUAAAGCCAGGGUAAUAAUAUCCAAGUCCUUUGGAAGCGCAUAGAGAUGUUAUUUAUAAUGUGUUAUGCGCUAUACAAGAACUGACUAUUAUUAUUAUAUACGUGUAGUAACCUAUUUUUGGUUUAUGUUUAAUAAUUCACAAUUAUUUAUUUGAUUAGUAAAUUUGGUAUUCUGUCUCAUGCCUUAACAUCAGUUGCGUAAUGAGCCAAUAAUUCAGAGGGGGCCAAACAUGAUGCAUGGGGCAAUAUUUCUACAAAGCUUCAGGUGAGCGAAAAUUACCUUUCUAUUACAAAAAUCUAAUUUUGUAAUAGAUCUUGACAAAAAAUUCUGAAAAUAAUAUCAUUUUUCAUCCCUUUUCCUAUUCUGAUCUUUUUCUCCCUUUUUCUUGGUCGUGAAAAUUUUAGGGGUCCAUGGCCCACCAUGCCCCCUAUUUGUACACCAGUAUUAAACAUUACUAUAUGUGGUAUACUCAGCAAUAAUUCAAUUAGCCCAAGGUUAACUUUAAUAGACCAGACAUAAUUUAAAUGGAUUGCAAGUUGCCGUCUCAUCCACCAAACAGAACUUAUUUCAAUCCUGUGGAGUAAAGAAAUUGACCCUUUUUUUUCCAUCUCAUGGGAAGAAAAAGAUGAUAUACAUGAAAGUAUACAAUGAAUUUUGAUGAAUAAUUUUGUUAUGUGCAUUAUCUUUGUAAUCAAUAUUGAAGAAAAUACCUGAUUAGAAACAGUAUUUCCUUUAAAAAAAGUGUUUACUAAAUUAUACUGUUGCUGAACCCUGGAUUAAUUAUCAGAAUACAUCCUUGGUGGUUUAAGAAAGUAUGCCUUUUGGCCUAAUUAAUUAUGCUUAAUUAAUCAUGACAAUUAAAGCAUUAAAUUAUGAUUUAGAUAUAGCUCCAAAAUUGCUAAAUUUUGGUCUUGACAUUUUGUAUAGGAUUCUUAUCAAAUAUAUUUUUUUAGUAAUGCAGGCAUGAUAUUCUCCCGACUAAACUUGGAAUUCCAAUUUUUUGGUAAUUUUUUUGAUAUUUUUUCAGAUUAAAUUUUUUUUUUUAAUGUGAAAUCCUUUGCCCAAGAACAUUCUCAUGCUGUUUUUACAGCUUUUUUAAGUCAACUGAUAAAACUAUCAUGCAGCCUCACCUUGAAAAAUCACUUUAGAUUUCUUUACUAUGCAAGAGGUUGUAACCCACACCGGGGCACCUCGGACUUCGGCGGUGACUUAGCAACUAAUGAUUUUUCUGAUUUUUUUUUUCAGAGGGGAAUAUCAUGCCUGGUAAUGGCAAUAUCAGAUUUUUAAGAAAUUUUGUUAUAUUCAUUAUGCAUUAUUAAGGAGAGGGGGGAUUGUUUAUGCCAAUGAGCAAUUACAAACUCUACCACUCUUAGAAAUUCAUAAUUUUCUUAAAUUGUAAUGGAUUUUCUUUUCCAAUAUUGUGCAAACCUUCACCAAUCUGCUUUUCUGAUUUUUCUAUUUCAUUUAAAACAACUUCCUGUUUUGGUUGGAUACUCCUUAAAAAGAUCAAUAUUGCUCUAAGCUCCUUUCCACCAAGGCUUCUAAUAUUAUGAUGAUCAUCAUGAUAAUAGUUGAUUUGAUAUCACUUUAUUUGGGAUCACAAUAAAGUAAAACAAGUAUACAAAGUGCAUAAUAAUUAAGAUAAAGAUAAGCCCAGGUCGUGACUCCUUACUGUCAAUGCAGGGCACUAUUGUAUUGUCCAGGAAUAUAUUCUGUUCUAACAUAAGUGACAUAUAUAUCUUAGUCAAUGGCCAGAAGAGAAAGGAAGUGAAAAAUGUGUAUUGAUAUCUAUUUGGAGUUUAUAUUUAUAAAAAGGAUUUUAAAUAAUUUUGUCAACAAUUGAGGACAUUCAGAUGUACCUGCAUAAUGGACCUGUAAUGAUUUGGGGCAUGUUUCUAGUUAUCUGACAGGUGCAAUACAUGUUAUAGGUCUGAUGAUUGUGUUAUAUUUGUUAUUAUGUAUUAUAUGACACCUAGAUAGAUCCUUGUGAUUUGAUUGGUUGUUUGAUAUCGUUCAUUCAGCCCAUUUAGCAAUGACGUCAUCAAACGUGCAAUUUACCAUCCAUUCAUCGUGCAAUUUUGGAUCCAUACGAUUUCGUCCAUUGCACUCGCGCACCGAGACUACAGCUGCAGGCACCAGCAGUGCGCAUGUUGUAAUGACGUAACAAUCAACAGACUGAAUUUGCACUGCAUGAGCGUGUUUUGCAUCGAAAUUCAUUAUUUUCAUAAGAAAAAAAAAAAUCUAUUUUUAGGUGUCAUAUAAACCAAAUAAUGAAUGUUUUUUCAUUCGUGCAAUGGAUAGACUACUUCAUUAUGAAAAAGAUGAAAUAAUGAUCCAUUCAACUCGGCUACACCUCGUUGAAUGGAUCAUUUCAUCUUUCACCUCAUGAAGUAUUCUGUCCAUUGCACUCAUAAACAUUCAUUAUUUGUAUACAGUUUGUAUGUACUGUCUGUUACCAUGCUUGGCAAAACCCACAAUACGUUGCUUGGAAAAAAAAGUUGCACUGUGUGAUUUUCAGUUGGAGUGAUUUUGGUCACUGUGCUUAAAUUUCAGCAUUUAGUAUUUCUUGAAAAACUAUACUGAUUUUGCACUUUUAAAACAUGUAAACUGUAAAGUCCAAAAUGUUGUUAUGACAGUUAUAAUAUGACCCACAUUUUUUUUAUUGCAAUGUUGCAAUUUGAUUUUUAUGCUUGAAACCAAAGUAUUCCCCUUAUUUUGAACUCUAAUGACUGGAUAAGCUCUUUCAUAGAAAAAUCUUCUUAAUCGUAAACAGGAUGUGCCUUAUUAGAGUGAAAAUGUAGGAACUAAUUUGAUGACCCCUUCUAGGAAAUUUCAAAUGAGUUUUAAUCCUGUUUUUGUCACCUUUGCACUAUUAAGUUGAGGGUAAGUAUGCUUCAAUAGACUUGACUCUCUCUUCUCAAAAGUAUCAAUCUACGGCACUGAAUGUUCUCUUUGUAUUAGGAUCAUACAAUAGUAAUGAGUUGAUUGUUAUAUCAUUCUAAAGCUGAAAAUGUCCUCUUUCUGUAGGGAUAUUUAACUAGAAAACUAGAUUUUACCAAUGUCAUGGUAGUUGAAGUUACUUUUAUGAAAAUCUAUAGCAAGCAAGUCAUAUAAAAUAAAGUGUUUUUUAAUGUUUUA